AUGGAGGUGACCACCGUGUCCCCAUCUCCUGCCUCACCCACUGAAGGAGAUGAUCUCUGUGAGACAGAUGUCACCAGCGUUGCCACCCACAGUGUGACACUGCUCAUCUGCCUCUGUGGGCUGCCUGGGAACGGGGCUGUGCUCUGGCUCCUUGGCUCCCACUGUUCAUCCAGGAACAGCACCAUCCUUUACAUCCUUGUGCUGACUCUUCUGGAUUUCCUUUUCCUGCUAAUUCUGUUGCCCUCCACUCUCCUUUUUCUGGUGGAGAAUGUGUCCUGCUCUAUCAUUAUGCCCUUGUCGCACAUAAUGUACCUGUCCUGGAUGUCACUGUUGUCAUACAGCAUGUGGCUGUUCACACUGACAUUCAUCAGCGUCAAGAGGUCCAGGCCCAUCCACUGCCCGCUCUGGCACUGCUGCCACCAUUCCCAGCACCUGUUGAAGAUCAUGCUUGCCCUGCUCAGGGCCUUCUUUGUCACUCUCGUCCUUGUCUUUGCCAUGAUGCUUUCUCUGUGCAUGUUCCAGCAAUUUGAGCACUGCUGGGCGUUUCUCAGCUCCAUACACACGGUCAACCUCCUUCUCUGUGCUGCAUUCAUGCUCAUUUCUAGCACAAUCCUCUUCACUCAUUUCAAGCCUGGCACCCAGCAGCAGCAACCCAAGAGACUCGACAUUGUUAUCUGCCUCAUUGUGCUCUUGACUCUGCCCCUCAGUCUCUGGAAUUUUCUGCAGCAGCUCAGCUACACCAUUGUGCCCUCCCAGCUUCUUUUCCGGUUCACCUGCAUCCUCAGCAGCAUCAAACCCUUAAUCUACUUCUUGGCAGGGAGGUGCUGGAGGCCCUGCUCCGUGGGGUCCCUCCAGCUCUCCCUCCAGAGGGUCUUUGAGGAGGCAGAAGAAAGCCCUACCCACAGCCAUGAUCCUGCCAUGGACACAGAGCUCUGA